AUGUGCCCUCCGUGUGUUUCUGUCUCAGACGCCCCAUUCCCUCCCUUCCCCACGUCCCUAUGCGUCUCCACCCUCGCCCCUUCCCUCCACAGCUACGAGAUGCUGAUGGAGAAUCUUCUGGACCCAGCACAUGUGCCCUUCGCUCAUCACAAGUACCAGGGUGAUCGCAACAAGGCGAGGCCACUGCCGUCCAUGGUGGUAACCAGCAUCACCCCACGGGGCAUUGAGGGAACGAGCUUUUCGGACGGCCCAGCGGCUGUAGUCCCCCCCUGCACACUCAUUCAGAAGCUCUUCAUCGGGGGGAAAGUGCUGCCUCCUGCCAAGUCCCGACGGGAGAUUCUUGACAGGCAGCGCUUCCACGUGCGGCUGUGCCCCGACUGCCAGCGGGUGCAGCGCUGGUCUGACCGCCUCCGCAUCGCCCUCUGGGCUGCCGCCCUCCUCCUCCUCGCCGCCACCGCCCUGUUUCCCCUCGCCCCACCUGCUGUUCGGCAAGCUGCGGGCCCCACGGGUCCUGUUUUUGCAGCGGUGGCUGCGGUGGUGUGUGGUGCCGCUGCUCACUGGUUGAAGGGGUUCAUUGAGAGGAACUACGUGUAUGAAGACUUUGUUCAUGCGCUCUGGUACCCUGCGAAGAAGUGA